CGCUUCACAACACAUGCACCACCAUCCGGCAAAACCACGCAGAAAUGGCUCCCGUACUGUGGUGCUCCCCGGCCGAGCAGAGGUGACGAGUGCCAAAUGCGUUCUCCCAAGCAACCGGCGAAGCUCGCCAUGCUUUUACUGCUGGUAUUGCUGCUGCUCUGUGACGGAGUUGGCAACGUCCAUUGCGCAAGGAUCCACGAGAAAAGCGCCGAUCUGCACGCUCUGCUCGACUUCACCUUGAGUAACUGGAGUACCAAAGGCCACUUCUGUCACUGGAAUGGUGUCACAUGCACCACGACACCACCAUUCUGUGUCUCGUCACUUCUUCUCGCUAGCCAAAACUUGGCAGGCCAAAUUAGCUCCUCUCUAGGAAACCUAACUUCCCUCACACAGCUUCACCUUUCGGGGAACUACUUUGUUGGCCCCUUAGGCCAACUCCACCGCGCCACCCCAUCCUGUCUGGCCCUGUCCGUUUGGGACAAAAGGGAUAAAGGAGGCGGUCCAAUGCGCGAGGUCCCGGACCCAUCUUGUCCAUUUUGUAUCCGGGCCGACCCAUUUCGAGCGCAAACUUGCGCCGGGUUUGAGUCACGGCAGACACCAAACGGACGCGCGCCUCGUCCGCUUCGGGGCCGCGUGACAGGCGGUCACCUACCUCCCACUCGCCCACAUCAAUGCGCACGAGGGGGCGGCCUCACCUGUUAUCCGCAUGUCGAACGGUCGCCGUCCUUCUUUAAGUGGGAAGCGUGGACGGGUCGUCGUCCACACUGCCCCACGCCACCCAGCGGCCUCCUCGAACCCUGACAGCGCCGAACCCUAGCCUUCCUUUGUCCUCGAGCUCGCCGGCCGCCCACCUCGCCAUGGGCUUCUGGAACGGCAAGGGCAAGCACGACCGCGAGGCCGGCUCCUCCUCGGGGCGCCGCCGCGGAUCCGUGAAGAAGGAGGAGCCCGCGUCUCCGCCGCGCUCCUCCCGUCGAGCCCCCGCGUCACCGCCGCGCUCCUCCCGUCGAGCCCCCGCGCCGGCCCCCUUCACCAUUGCCCAUAGGCCCUCCGGCGAGCGCGACCGGCAGUACAUCUGCGCGGACGUGUGCCGGAGGUACUGGGAGAUGAGGAUGCCGGUCCGGUGGAGCGACGCCCACCUCCCCAACGGGUGGCACCUCUUCGCGGACCGGGUCCCCAUCCCGCCAGUGCUGGCGACCGGCCGUGCACGGCGCGAUGAGAUCAACCGCCGCCGCCGCCUCCUCCCCGACGACCUGUACUACGACCUCGGGUAUGCCCCCGACUCCCCGCUCUGGGGCACAUGGCUCCAGGACGAGCACGACACGCGCCGCGCGUCCUAUUUCGCCGGCACCGUGUCGGGGCCGCGGAGGCCACGUGCAGAGCCGCGCGGGCGUACGCGGGUGCGCGGCCUGACGCCCACGCCGUCGCCUUCCCCGUCUCCGUCGCCCCCUCCCCCUCCUCGCAUGAUAGAGGAGGAGGAGGCCCGUCUCCUACAGCGUGUCAUGGCGGACUCCAUGAACACGCACGACGAGCGGCAGUGGGACGGCCUGGAGGAGGCCAUGGCCCUCUCUGCCGCCGGGGACGUCGCCUUCCCGGAGCUGCAGCUGGCGGCCGUCACGGCGGCCGUCACGGAGGAGCCGAUGGAGGAGGACCCGCCCGCGUUCGAGCAGCUCCUGGGCCAGGGGUGGGGCUGGUCCUGCACUGCGCUGGAGAUGGCCGCCGACCUGGGCGUGAACUGGUGCCCCACUCCGCCGCGGUCACCUGAGCGGGAGGCGUCACCGCGGGAGGAGGUGGUGCAGGCACCUCCGGCCGUCCAGCCCGGCCCCGUCUACCACGCACCGCCGCCCCACCUCUGGACGCCGCCUGAGUACGUCGACCUCGUCAGCGACGACGACACCGGCGGCCAGUGAAGACGGCGACGGCCAC